AUGGUUGAUUCCCCCCACUUCCCACAUCAAUAUUAUCAGUCAGGGGACCUAACGAUUGGAUUUAUGGUUACUCAGUAUGGCUACUUAUAUGAUGAACUAUCAUUCAGAAGAAAUCCCACAACUGAGUAUCUGGAAGAACUAACACUUAUUUCAAGGACAAAGAGCUACCAGCGGAUCUUGUCCUUGGCAUUUGCUGUCAAGGAGAUAAACGAGAACCCCGAACUUCUACCAAAUGUCAGCCUUGGCUUCCACAUUUAUGACAGUUAUACAAAUGCAAGGAUGACUCAUCAGAACACCCUGAAACUUCUUUCCAGUCAUAAAACUGUUGUCCCCAACUUCAAAUGCAAUAAGCAGAAGAAUCUGAUGGCCGUCAUUGGAGGACUUGACUCUGAAAUCUCCCUUUACAUGGCUACUCUUUUAGGCAUCUAUAAGAUUCCACAGCUUCACUCUUUCUUGCAAAGUACCUCCUUUAACAACAGUGCUGGUGACAGGGUGUCAUUUGAUGAUAAUGGUGAAUUAGUAUCUGGAUUUGAUAUUGUAAACUGGGUACUUUUCCCAAACCAAUCGUUUUUACGAGUGAAAGUAGGAGGGAUGGAUCCACAGGCUUUACCAAAUCAGAAAUUCACAGUGAAUGAAGAGGCUAUCACAUGGCACAGAACAUUUAACCAGGUGCUGCCACUUGCCAGAUGUAAUGAUCACUGUCAUCCAGGCUACAGCAGAAAAAAGAAGGAGGGGGAGCCAUUUUGUUGCUAUGAUUGCACUCCGUGUCCGGAUGGAAAGAUUUCAGACCAGAAUGAUAUGGACAACUGUUUCCAAUGCCCAGAAGGUCAAUUCUCAAACAAGAACAAAGAUAACUGCCUUCCUAAGACCCUUAACUUUCUCUCUUUCACGGAGCACUUGGGGAUCACUUUAGCCUUCUUUAUUUUGUUUUCUUCUCUAAUCACAGCUGCAGUGCUGGGGAUAUUCAUUAAGAACAAGGACACCCCAAUCGUCAAAGCCAACAAUCGGGAGCUCACCUACUCUCUUCUCAUCUCUCUGUUGCUUUGCUUCCUGUGCUCCUUGCUAUUCAUUGGCCGACCUAACAUAGUGACCUGCUAUUUAAGACAAACAGCGUUUGGUAUCAUAUUCUCCGUGGCUGUCUCCUGCAUUUUAGCAAAAACCAUUACUGUGGUUUUGGCUUUCAUGGCCACCAAGCCAGGAUCCAGGAUGAGAAAAUGGGUGGGGAAAAGAUUGGCCAGUUCUGUUCUUCUUGGCUGCUCCACUAUUCAAGCCAUUAUAUGUGCUCUUUGGUUAUGUACUGCUCCUCCAUUUCCACAUUUUGAUAUGCAUUCUCUGACAGAAGAAAUCAUACUGGAAUGCAAUGAAGGGUCUGUGACUCUGUUUUAUUGCGUUCUAGGGUACUUAGGAUUUCUGGCCACUGUCAGCUUCGUUGUGGCUUUUCAGGCCAGGAAGUUGCCAGAUAGUUUCAAUGAAGCCAAGUUCAUCACUUUCAGCAUGUUGGUCUUUUGCAGUGUUUGGUUGUCUUUUGUUCCUUCUUAUUUAAGCACAAAAGGAAAAUACAUGGUGGCUGUGGAGAUCUUCUCCAUUUUGUCCUCUAGUGCUGGGUUACUAGGUUGCAUCUUUGCCCCCAAAUGCUACAUAAUUAUCUUGAGGCCUUCCUUGAACACAAAGGACCAGCUAAUAAGGAGGAAUAUCUAG